UAAAAAAAGUCCCCUUUACACCUGCGAAGGAGGCCCGACCACCUGCCAGGGCUUAGACUUUUCACGCCCUCUCCACGCAGCAACAGCCCGGGAGUGUCUCCGUUGUGCACCGAAGCUUCUCGGAGGACUAUGGACUGGCACCGCAGUGACUGCUGCGCCACAGAUGAGUUAAGACCCCUAUUUUCUUCCUAGAAAAAAGAAGAGGAAAAUUGCUCCAAACUCAGUAGUUAUUCAUCUCGGGAGCAUUUUAGGUUGACAUCUAGUUAACUGGGUGACGGAAGGUAACUCGAAAUCAGCAAGACCUGAAGCAUUGGCGUCCAGGUGACGACCCCGCUGCUUUAGUAUGUACUGUGGAACUUACAUCUUGCUGGAAAGAGACUUCAGAGAACUGAGGCAGAACAAUUUCGUGGGUAUUUCUGCCUCUCCUGUAAGUGACAAUAUGUUGAAAUGGGAAGCUGAAAUUGAAGGUUUACAGGAUUCAAUGUGGCAAGGAUUGCGUUUCCAAUUGGUAUUAACUUUUCCAUCAGAAUAUAACCAUGUGCCUCCAGUUGUAAAAUUUACGUCCAUUCCUUUUCAUCCAAAUGUGGACCCAAAUACUGGUCGGCCCAGUAUAGAUUUUUUGGAUAACCCUGCUAAAUGGAAUCCAAGCUAUACACUGAGCAGUGUCUUACUUGCACUACAGGUUAUGCUUUCUAACCCAAUGCUAGAAAAUCCAGUAAAUUUGGAAGCAUCCCAAACUCUGGUUAAAAAUGAGUAUUUGUACAGAAAAAUAAUUCAUACACUUUCCCAGGAGCCAGGACAAGUGGAAGAUAAAAGCCAAGAAUCAUCUACAAAGUCCUAUAUAUUGAGAAACAAGGAACCGGUCACAUUUAGUGAUUACUACAAGGCAUGGUCUGAAAUCGCCACAUCGAAAACCACAGAGCAAUACAGAAAUUCAUUGUUUGAAGAUCCAAAUUUUAUUGGAAAGUAUUACAGAUGGAGGAAAAUGGAUCUGCAGUGUUAUAAAGAAUGGAAGUUAAAGUUUGCUACCACCAAAUGUCGGCUUGCUAGAGAAAAUAGAAUGACUCAUGAAGUCAACUAUAGAGCUGAAAGUAUCUCUGCCUGCCCAUCUCUAAAUUCUUCUACAUCGGAAUCAGCUAGUGACAUUAAGUCUUCUGAAGCAGGGGAGCAAGAGACUGAAGAUGACUUGGAAGACUUUGAUGAGACAUGGGAAGAGGAAGUACAGAAUCUCGUUGACUGGAGUGCUGCUCUAGAUGCAGGUUCUUUAGAUUGAGAAUGGAACUCCAGGAUAUAAAAAACAAACAGUUCUAACCACAGCUCAGCUUCUUGUAGCAACUUGGGUUCUUGUUUUAAGUUGGUCUUACCUUGAUUUUAGAAAAAUACAAGUAUACA